GGUGCAAACAGCUACGGACAACUUGGGCUUGGUCAUAAAGAGGAUGUGCUGGUACCUCAGUCACUGAAAGAUGUUUCCUGCAAAUGUCAAGACAUGAGGAGCAUUGCUGGAGGAGGGGGACAUUCUGCAGUUAUCACUGGUGCAGGAGAACUCUUUGUAUGUGGCCACAACAAAGAUGGGCAGUUGGGACUGAAUCACACAGAGGAUGUGCUGCAGUUUACUUUGUGCACUGCCCUGGCUGGCUUUGGUGUAAAACGAGUUGCCUGUGGCUGGGAUUUUACAAUCAUAUUAGUAGGAUCUGGUCUCGUGCUGUCCUGUGGGUCCAACUCUUUUGGACAAUUAGGGAUUCCUCAAAUUUCAGGUCCAUGCUUGAUUCCACAGAGGAUCGAGUCUCUGAAAGAGAUGGUGUUGGAUAUUGCUGCAGGACUGAGACAUGCCCUUGCUGCUACAGAGAGCGGUGUGGUGCUUCAGUGGGGGACUGGCAUGGCAGCUCGGGCCAGGCGUGCAAGCCAAGGGAAAACCCUCCCCCUCUUCCUGACAGCCAAGGAGCCCUGCCAAGUAACAGGCCUGGAAGAUGUCAAGGUGAAGACGGUUGCUGCAGGCUCCUAUCAUUCAGUGUCACUCACAGAUGAAGGACACCUGUAUGUCUGGGGUAGCAACAAACACGGGCAGCUGGUGAGCAAAGAGAUCUUUCUUGCUGAGCCUAAGAAGCUUGAGCCUCAGUUUUUCUCACAUGAAAAGAUUGAAGCAGUUUGGAGUGGCUGGACCCACUUGGUGACACAAACAGAAACUGGCAAGGUAUUCACCUGGGGCAGAGCAGACUACGGGCAGCUUGGACGACAUGCAGUGGUUCCUGCUGGGCAAGAGGUGUGCACAGCAUCUGAACAAUGCUUGGAGCUGUUGUGUAACAUCCCUGUUUCAGUGCCUUGCCUAAAUGGAGCAUCUCAGAUCGCAUGUGGCUCAGAGCAUAAUCUGGCAGUAGUUGGUGACCAGUGCUUCUCUUGGGGAUGGAAUGAACAUGGGAUGUGUGGUGAUGGCACAGAAGCGAAUGUUCAUAGCCCAAAGCCAGUCAAAGCUCUUGGAUAUGCAAAACAGAUCUUAAUUGGAUGUGGGGCAGGACACUCCAUGGCUCUUUGUCAAACCCCCCCGUGGACUCAGCACACCUGA